AUGUGGGCCUCGCCGGGGAGGCUGCCGGCGAUGGAGGAGGAGGAGGAGUGCGAGGCGGGCGCGGGCCACCGGGCGCCGAUGGCGUCCUGCUGGGGCCGCUUCGGCCUGGCGGCGCUGUGGCACAGGCUCCGGCACCUUUUCCUGGCGCGGCGGAGGGCGCGGCACGGCCGCUCCAUCCUCGGCGCCGGCGGGCUCAACUACGACCCGCUGAGCUACGCGCAGAACUUCGACGACAGCAGCCUCGAGCUCCACGAGCCGGACUUCACGGCCAGGUUCGCGCCCGCCCGCAACGCCUGCUCGCCCAGGCGGGCAUGA